UGAGUCAUAAUCAACUCAGUGGUCGAAUUUCAAAAGGUUUCGCUGAAAUGCCGGUUCUUGGUCAGCUUGAUUUGUCGGAGAACCAAUUAUCUGGUGAAGUACCACUGCAGUUGGGGAAAAUGGAAUCAUUAAUUCAAGUGAACAUUUCUCACAACAACUUACAUGGCAGUUUGCCUACUACCGGAGCCUUUCUAGCUAUAAAUUCAAGUGCAGUGGCUGGUAAUGAUCUUUGUGGAGGAGAUGAAACGAUCGGUUUACCACCAUGCAAAAAGUUUAAGAAUCGGAAUCGGUGGUUCUUUGUUAUUUGUUCUCUGGGGGCUUUAGUUUUGCUUGCUGUUGUUGCUAUUGGCUUCAUACUCAUUCGACGAAGAAACAAUUUGGCGCUUAAAAGAGUGGAAAACGAAGACGGGAUCUGGGAAUUGCAAUUCUUUGAUUCCAAAGUUUUCAAGUCAAUAACAGUCGAUGAUAUCACACUCUCUGCACAAGAAGUAAAUGGAAUAUGCAGAGACAAGCCGUUUGUGGUGAAAGAAAUGAAGGAAGUGAACUCAAUUCCAUCGAGUUUUUGGUCUGAAAUCAAGCAUCUCGGCAAGCUUCAGCAUCCAAACAUCGUUAACCUGAUCGGAACCUGUCGGUCAGGAAAGUGUGCAUAUUUGGUUUACGAGUACAUAGAAGGGAAACUUUUAACUGAAACCCUUCACAACUUACCAUGGGAGAAACGGCGAAAAAUCGCCAUGGGGAUUGCCAAAGCUCUACGGUUCUUGCAUUCUUACUGUUCGCCAAGUGUAAUUGUGGGAGACAUGUCACCGGAGAGUGCUAUAGUCGACGGAAGAGAUGAGCCUCGGUUACGGGUGAGCUUUCCCGUGCCACUUUCCAUAGAAAACAAGGCCGUCGUCUCUUCGGCGUACGUUGCCCCAGCCAGAGAAAGCAAAGAUAUGAGUGAAAAGAGUGAUAUCUAUGGAUUUGGCCUCAUUCUUAUUGAAUUAUUAACGGGGAAAAGCCCCGCCGACGCUGAAUUCGGAGAGCAACACCAAAGCAUAGUAGAUUGGGCACGUUACUGCUAUUCAGAAUGUCAUCUUGAUACGUGGGUUGAUCCAAUGAUCAGGCCAGCCCAUGCAUCGAACGUCAACCAGAUCGAGAUCGUUGAAACCAUGAAUCUAGCUCUCCAUUGCACCGCCGGUGACCCAGCCUCUCGGCCAUCUGCAACAAACGUAUUGAAUACUCUAUGGUCCGCUUUCAGAAUAACUUCAUGUGUUUCAACCCUAAAGUUUUCUUCAACUGUUUAG